AUGGCUCCGGGUUUAUUAUUUCAGUAUCAUCUGAAGAGUGAUUUCCAUGAUUUCCAUCCGGAAAUGUGUCUCUACCAUGAACUCCAAACCAUAAAUAAAGUUCCAACGGAAGAAGAUUCGGCGAUUGUAGGAUUAUUCCCUACUAUCCCUACUAUCAUACCUCCUUCUCACACAUUGGCACCUACGACUCCUAUAAGUACAACAUCAAAUGUUCCAAAAACUACCGAUCAAACUCCUAUUGGCACCUCAUCUAUUCCCGUAACUACAUCCGUAGCGAGCCCUUUACCUUCUAAUGAAGCACCUAAAAUUAUAGAUCCGUUUAACGGACAACCCGCAAAUAGUGAUUUACCUACUCAAACUGGUAUUCAAAGUGCUCCAAGUGCUCCAGUGGUCGUACAAUCUACUAUUAUCAAAGAAGCUGCUCCUGCUCUUACUACUUUAAAACCUUCCUCCACUGAUGUUGUCUAUGUUACUAAUAAAUCUUCUAAAGGUGUAUCUUUCAAUUUUUGGGAUAUGGGAUGUUGGAUUUUGUUAACAGCUGUUGUCGCCUUUCUGUUUUUUUAA